AUGACAAAUCAACAAUCUAAUAUAGAAUCAAUACGUUCGAUUAAAGCAAAUGAACAACGUUUAAAAUCAUUGGAAGAUUAUGAACGUGAGAAACAAGAUAAAAAACGUUUAAUAAAAGAUUCAUCAACUAAUAAUUUAAAUAAAAAAACACAUUAUACAUUUGAUUCGGAUAAUGAAGACGGUGAUGGAAAUAAUCAACCAAAAGAAUUUAUUGAAAAAAAAAUAAAACUAUUUGAUGAUAAUGAUGAAUUAGAUGUUGAAGAACAUUUUAGUACGAAAAAAAUUCCAAAGAAAAAAAGAAAAUUGCAAGAUCUUCAAGCACGUUUAACAACAACAAGUGAUCCACGAUUUCAAUUUUCUGAACAAUUUCUUGAUGAACGUGAUAAGAAUAUUAAUGAUGAUGAGGAUAAGGAUGGUAAUGAAGAAGAAAUCAAUGAGGUUUCAUUUGAAGAAGAAAAAAAUAAAUCACUUGCUAUUUUGGAUCAAAUAACAAAUGCAAAAAAUGUUAUAUCAAAACCAAAACCAAAAACAAAAAUGAUUCGUUUUGAUCCGAGUAAAACUGAACAUAGAAUCUAUGAAAUUAAUUCAGAAGUUAAAUUAAAUGAUGAUAAUUUCAAUACAUCAGAUAAUACGAAACCAAAAUCAAUAUUAAAAAGAAUAAUAGGAACAACACCAAUUCUUGAUUCAAAACGAACGUAUGAUUUUGAUGAAACAAAAUUAAAAACAUUGUUUGAUAAAACAACAGAUUCAACAAAUACUUCUAAUGGAAAUGGACAGUUUCAAUUUCAAUUUUUUAAUAAUCAAGAACCAGUAACAUUACCUGCUCCAAAAAUAGCUCAAGUAGCUAAACCCAUAUCAAAUGGAAAAUCGAAAUUAUUUCUAAAUAAACCUGGUGAUACAUCCAGUGAAGAAGAUGACGAUGAAAAACAAGAACAAGCUAAAUUAAAAGAUCAAAUAGUUAAUGAUACAUUCUUUUUCUUUGAUAUUGAUGUUCGAUUAAAAGAUGGAUUAGAAGGUUUUGUACGUACUGAAGAUUUAAAUGAACUUGAACGAACAUGGCCAACAAAACGAAAAGAAAUAGGCGAAGCUCUUCGUACAAAACAUCGUAAAGCUAUACAACGUAAAGAUAAACAUCGAGUAUUCAAUCAUCGCCAUCGACAAAGACAACAACCAUCAACAAAUUCUAACAAUUCAAAACCGGAUAUUGAUUGA